CAGUGCCCCGCGUUCAUUCAAAAACUGCCCCUCAUCCCUCCUUCCACCUCCCUCUCCCUCUCCCUCUCCCUGCUCAUCCUCUGUCUCUCUGUUGUAUAAACUGUUCGGGAAAUUACUCGAUGUGAUGUGAUGGGGGUGUCUUUCAAGGUCGCGAAAGCUGGGACAAGGUAUCGCCCCAGACCGGCUCAGGUUGACGAAAGAGAAGAUAGCUCCAAGGAGCAGCCAACCACACAUGGAGACGCUUAUGAAUCAUUACGUCCUAAGCCUAAGGAUGAUUCUAGAGAAGGUGAUGAUUUUGCUGAAUUUUCAAAUUCAUUGGCUAAAUCUGAGCUUAACCCAGUUUCUCAAGAUCUUGAGGUCUCAUUUUCCCUAAACUUAUUGCCUGAUGGAUUUUCUGUUGGGAGGCCUACUCAGGGUGGGAUCCUGCCAUUGUUCCAAGAUGUAGCAAAGCAGUUGCAUCCUUAUGAUAGGGCAUCUGAGACACUAUUCUCUGCAAUUGAGCAUGGGCAGCUGCCUGGAGACAUUCUUGAUGAUUUACCCUGCAAGUAUGUUAAUGGAGCAAUUUUGUGUGAGGUUCGUGAUUAUCGGAAAUGUAUCCCGAGGCAAAGAGAUUCUGCUAGAGAAAAGCAUCCAGUCAUUCAUAAGGUGCGACUACAGAUGUGUAUGGAAAAUGUUGUCCAAGACAUCUUGUCUAUCUCCAAUGAUACUUGGACCUACAAAGAUUUAUUGGAAGUUGAGUCCCACAUUCUCAAGGCCUUGCAACCACAACUUUGUUUGGAGCCAACACCAUCUCUGGACAGACUUUAUGAAACACAAGCGCCUAAAAGGCUCAAUUUGGGACUUAUGGAUGGCAGGACAAGGAGAAAGCCAAACUGCUUACAAGCAGCUUAUCUUGUGCCUAACAAUAUUUGUAAUGGGAGCAAUAUCAUAAGUACAGAGUUUGAGAAUUUGAACUCUAACCCCAAUCUAGCAGUGCAAGAUUUAAAAGGGUGCUCUCAGCAGAUUAUCCCAUCCGGUUUCCCAAAUGAACAGCAGAAGGGCAUCUUCAGAGAAACUUUAGAACAAGCCAUCCCCAUUGCUUCUGGGGGAAACUAUCAAGUGGCAGUUAAUUUCUCUAGACCAUUUUCUAGAGCCAUGAUGGUCCCCUCAAAUUCUGUCUGCAUACCAGAACAACAUCUAAGUGGCUCCUGUAGCAAUCAGAAAGAUCCCGGGAGGUUACUUUUGACAAAGAGGGUUAGAGGUGAAGGACAACUGGUUCAACAAUCUAAUCUUAAGAGAUCUAAACAAGAGCACCUGAAUUUGGUUCAACAGCAAUUCUCAGGAAAUCACAUGGGAAUCAUUCUUGGAUCUAAUAAUGAAAUUGGAAAAAUAGGUCCAACAAGGUUGAGCAGCCAAAAACAAUGCCAGCGAUCAACUAGUGGCAGUACACAAACAAUUCAGGAAGGGAUCCCAAAGCUGCAGGCAAAGAUGCCCUCUUAUAUUGACCAAAGAGAAGUACAGUAUAGUGUAAAUGAAGAGCCAGCUGAAACCAGUAAGUUUUAUAAGACAGAGUUGGGGAAAAUCAUAGAUGAACAACAUGUAACUGAUGGCGGAAAAGAUCAGUCUAAUCAUCAGAAAACACAAAUGCACCAGUUGUCAAAUUUUAUGAGAGCUAAUAUUCCUACCUCAAUGCAACAGAAUCAUAUGGGACAGCAUAUUGACAAAGAUCCAAGUAGGGAGGAUGUUACUCAGAAAAAGAGGUCACUGCAGAGUCCUCAAGUUUCUGCCGAGGGAGUGGUCCAUUCCCCGGGGCCUUCCAGAUCAGGAGAAUUUUCUAGCAUCUCUAUGGGAGUCCCAUGCAGUACGUCUGCAACAAAUGCCAAUGUUGGAUUGCACAAGGACAAAGCUACAUCCAUUUCCAGUACAUGUGUUGGACCUGCAUCCUUGAACUUUGGUCACAGCGAUUUUUUGCUAAGAGAUGACCAAUCAUUGCUACUUACAAAGCGGAAAUCCAACUCCCUUCCUAAAACUCAAAAUAUGGGUGGAAUAGGAUCUCCUGCAAGUGUCGGUGCUACAAAUGCUUUCAAUGCUAACAGCCCUUCAGUUGGGACAUUCCAUGCUGCUUUGCCUUCAGGAACUUUAGGUGAUCCUGUCCUUGAGAGGUUUUUAAAAAUUGAUAUGUUGGUCCAGAGGUAUCACCUAAACCAUAAGAAGAAAAAAUUUGAUCAAUUUCUUGAAAGGAGACUGCCUUUCCAUAUUUCUCAGGUGCUUGUAGAGGAGCUCUCCAAGUUUGGGGUUACCACGAAUUUGAUAGAUACAGGUGCAGGAAAGAUCUCUAUGUCUAAUUGCUUCCAAGGCUGUAGUAAGACCAGAAUUAUGAGAUUUGUUCAUCCGGGACAAACCUAUCAGGGAAAUGGUAUUUCUGUGGUUUUGCAUGAGUCUUGGAAUAAACUGCAGAUGUCAGAGAAAUCUGAGGAUAGAAUAGUGGAAGCAUGUGUCACUUACGGAGAUGAAGAAGAUAGCAAUUCCAUUUCAUUUCCUCAAUAUUAUGGAUUCACUUUGCCUAAUAAUCAUUCAGCAGAUCUUUUUGCCUUUCAGUUCAGUUCACUGAUGAGGCGUGAAGGAUAUCAGCUUAUGGAUGAUAAAAUAGAACCAAAUUCAAUCAACACGUCCAGUAGUCAACAAUCAAUAGUUGUUACAAGUGCUACUCCAGUAGAUGGAACAGAUGAAAGACCUUCCCUAGCUCCUAUUUCGUGUCAAUCUCCUUGUCUAAUUAUUCCCAUGAGCAGCGAUAUGCCCACUCUAAACACUCUACAGAUGACACCUCAGAAUAUUUUAGCUGGAGGCAGUCUGCUGCCAGCUGGCAACAGCUCUGCAACAUUGCAACACUCAGCUGGUUACUUGUCUAAGCUCCAACAACUGGAUACCACUGCAUAUAUGACGACAAUGAGUCAGCAGCAGCAGCAGCCAUGGAUUCGGAGGUCCUCCCCACUUAUUGGUAGAAAUUCAAAUCCAUCGAGGAAUACAAAUCUUCCAAUGGCUGAUCAGAUGAUAAACAGUCCUGCCAAUUUACAGCUUCAUUUACGACUACGACAGAGACAGCAAUACCAACAACAGUCAAUCAUGCAGAAGAAGAUGAUGGGAGGGCUGGGGGCAACCACUGGCAUGGUGAAUCCGGGUAUGAUAAGACUAGGCGGUUUUACACCAGGAAUUGGGAACCUGGCUGGUCUUGGCUCCAUGACCAAUGUUAUGGGCAUGGCUGGGGCCAUAUCAGCACCAUUUGGAGCUAACGUCCCUAUGUUAGGCAACAAUAGUCGUGGAAACCGUGCCUCAAGUUUCAGCAACAAAAACCAGCAACUUCUUUUCAGUGGGAUAUCUCAUCCUCCGGUUUCAGUUUUGACAAAGCUUGCACAAGGCCAGGAAAGAACAAUUCUUAGUGGAAUGUCUAUCCAAGGAAAUUCAUUUGAUGGUGUUGAUGAAAUGAUAAGGGCAAGCAUGAUGAAUGGUGGAUCUAUACAUGCAACUAGCAAAAGUGCCAUGUCUCAUUUGCAACAUGCUGGGAUGGUUCAGAUGCACACUCCAAGGUUUAUUAGCACAACCUUUAAUAUGAACAACCAGGAGUCACGACAGCAGAUGCAGCAGCAAGUACAACCAUUGCUAUGGCAACAAGAACAACUGCAAGAAAUGGGCUCAGUACCACAACCAAGACAAACGACCAUCUUGGUGGCAGAGCAAGUCGGCUCCCCUCUGACUCAUGCUAGCCCACAACAGAUAAGUCAACAGACACAAAUGAGCCCACAGCAACUGAGCUCAGGACCAACUCCGCGGCAGGUCAGAAUCGAAAACAUUGUGGUGGGCCCUGGAAGUCCUCAGCUGAGUUCACAGACUCAUGGAUCUGUGGGCAGCAUCACAAGCUCACCCAUGGAGUUGCAAGGUGCAACUACAAUUCACAACGGUGCACCCAACACUGGUGCAAUGGGAGGAGAAUGAAAGUUCUUUUUCUUUAUGUACAUAAAGAAGAUCAUGAAAAUGUAAAGUCAUAUCAUUUUCCUUACUCCUGGCUUAUCAUUUUAAAUAGUUUCUAUUUGUUUUACCGGUGUGCUUGUGCAGUGGUGUGAUGGAAAGACAGGCACCAUGACAUUACUCCUCUAGUAUGGAACUUGUGAGUCAUUCUCCAAAUUACAAUGGCAGCUAGGUGUCAACACAUUUGUAAUUACAAUGGCAGUUAGGUGUCCACCGUACCCAUACGUAUCCAAAGCUAUUAUGUUGUCUCUUAAAAUUGAUUUUCUGAUACUAUGUGCAUCUCUGAUACUCAAGUCUAACUUAUAUUAUUCAGUUGAAAGUUCUGACUAUUUAUAGUUU